CGCGAGCCUGCCCCUCCGCGCGGCUCUGCUUCCCGGCGCAGCGCGGCUCUGCCCGGCAGGAGCUGGCGAUGGCGACGUCCCUGGAGCAGGCGCUGACCGCCAUGGUCUGCACCUUCCACAAGUACUCCGGCCGGGAAGGGGACAAGUACAAGCUGAGCAAGGCCGAGCUCAAGGAGCUGCUGAACAAGGAGCUGCCCGUCUUCGGGAGCAAGCAAAUGGACGAGGGAGAGUUCAGGAGGAUCAUGAACGACCUGGACCACAACAAGGACAGCGAGGUGGACUUCCAGGAGUUCGCCUGCUUCAUGGCCUGCAUCGCCAUGGGCUUCAACGAGUUCUUCAAGGACUGCCCCUCCAAGCAGCCCCGCAAGAAGUGA